AUGAAAAAGAUAAUUAUUCAAAAAGAGUAUAAUAAAAAUGAAAAAGAAGAAUUCGAUAAUAAUUUUUCAGUUUUAAAACAAAAUAAAAUAUUAACAAAAAAUGAAAGCAACAAAAACAAAUUAUCGUGUAUAAGCUGUUUUUCUGGGUUGAAAUUUGGCCUAUUCUUAUAUACAUUCUUAUUGGCAACCUUUACCAUUGGUAUUAUUGGGGCAGUUGGUAUUUCAGAUCAUAAUGUAUUUGAAGAUAGAAACUUUGUUAAAUAUCCAUUAAUGGUUGGGCUUGGUUUUGGAUUGUUUUUUUUGUUUUUCUGUUUAUCAUUCAUUAGAAUUUUAUCUAGUCCAAUAACAACCUCAUUAAAGGAUUUUAGAAGAGGCACCAACCAGCCUCUAGAUGAGCAUAUUGAGGGAAUUAAACAAAGCUCGCUAGAAUUAUAUGCAAUGUGUGAAUGCUUUCAUACAACCAGUACCACUACAACCAAUAGUGAUGGCUCAACAUCCACAUUGACCUCAACAGUUGUAACAUACUCUGAAGAAAUUCAAAUACCCAUUGAGGAGUACAAAGAUUUAACAAAUCCUCUAACUAUUGAAAAUAUAAAUAAUAUUCUCGGUGAUUCAAGCGGCAGAAAGAGAAAAUAUUUAAAGGUUUCAUUCAUUCGUAAUUGGUACCCAACAGACCAAAUAUCACAAGAAGCUAUAAAGUCAUAUUUAGACCAUUUGACAAUUAAAAAUGAACACAGAGACAGCAGCUUUAGACUAGAGUUAGAACUAAGAUUUGUAGAUAAGAAAUUUAAAGAACACUUACUAUUCCCAAUUAAAUCAUUCAGCAACAAUAUAGAUAUUAUCGAAAAGGGACCAUCCUACGAGAGUGAACUCCAUGACUCACCCCCAUUUUUAUUCCGCUACGGAUACUAUAUAUUGUCAUUACCUUUAUUAAUGUUUUUACCAUACGAACUUUAUUUUAAUUCAAAAGUAUAUCGAUCAAAAUUUUCAUUUGUCAAAACGAUCAAAGUAUCUACUUUCUGUCAAGAAAACCACAAUGAAAUUAUUACAAUACCGCAAAUCAAUCAAUCAGAUCAUUACCAAACCCUAAAUGACUGUUAUAAUUUAAACGAAAACCAACCAUCCUCAUCAAUCUCGACACCAACCCAAAUACAACAACAACAAGAAAAAUCAAUUAUAAUAGAUAAAGACUAUGAAAGUCAGCAACAAGAAAAACAAGAAGAAAAAGACCCAAAAGAAAAAUCAAUUUAUAAUAUAGAUAAAUAA